AUGGGUGCCCUCAAGUACGUCGAAGAGCUUCAGAAGAAGAAGCAGUCGGAUGUCGUUGCCUUCCUCCUCCGAGUUCGCUGCUGGGAACUCCGUCAAUUGAACGUCAUCCACCGUGCCUCUCGUCCUUCCCGUCUGGACAAGGCUCGCCGUCUCGGAUACAAGGCCAAGCAGGGCUAUGUUAUCUACCGUGUCCGCGUCCGCCGUGGUGGUCGCAAGCGCCCUGCCCCCAAGGGUGCCACUUACGGCAAGCCCACCAACCAGGGUAUCAACCAGCUGAAGUACCAGCGAUCCCUCAAGGCUACCGCCGAGGAGCGUGUCGGCCGCCGCUGCGCUAACCUCCGGGUCCUCAACUCCUACUGGAUCAACCAGGACUCUACCUACAAGUACUACGAGGUCAUCCUCGUCGACCCCCAGCACAAGGCCAUCCGCAUCGACCCCCGCAUCAACUGGAUCGUCAACCCCGUCCACAAGCACCGCGAGGCUCGUGGUCUUACCGCCACCGGCAAGAAGUCCCGUGGUCUCAACAAGGGUCACAGAUACAACAAGACCAAGGCUGGCCGCAGAAAGACCUGGAAGCGCCACAACACCCUGUCCCUCUGGCGAUACCGAUAA